AUGAUUCUCUUGUAUUUGGUUCUCGUCCCAUCGACUUUUCCGAACGUUGAUGGACUAAAACUACGUUUUACCAAUGUAAAGUGUGAAGAUCUUAGUCCAGAUUUUUGUCGAUUUCAAAAAUGUCGUCUCGCCGUUAUAAAGCGUGAUGUGAUUGCGCUUAAUAUUGAUGUGAAAUUGUUAAAGGUGCCGGUCAAUAAUGUCACGGUAAAUUUGUCAUUUUACAAAAAGGCUAGCGGAUAUCGACCAUUUCUAUAUAAUAUUACCCAUGAUUUUUGCUCGUUUAUGCAAAAUCGUAAACGGAUUAUGCUGGCGAAAAUAGUUUUGGACGUCUUGCUCAAGAAAUCGAAUAUCAAUCAUACUUGUCCCUAUGAUCAUAAUAUUAUUGUGGACAAUGCGAUUUUGCAUGAAAGUCAAUUUCAAUUGCUACCCCUACCACGCGGCGACUAUAUGGUGCAAGUCAAAGUGGCUGCCUACAAUGACUGGAAGGCGCUUGUUAGAAUAUAUUUCGGUAUAUAUCAGGAUUUGUAG